AUGAACUGCCCCAAGUACUGCCUGGACGUCUAUGACCCAGUGGGCGACGAUGAAGGCGAUAUAUACUCGAACGAGUGCUACAUGAAGCAAGCCAAGUGUGAAGAAACCCCGCAGGAAAUGUUCCGAAUGCUGCCCCGACAUUGAGUUGCUUGUCUGUGGUUCCGACGGCGUCAUAUACGGCAACCCUUGCAAGCUCCAGAUCGCCGCCUGCGAGCACCCCGAGCUGAACAUCGUCGGGACUGCCGGUCCCGUUUGUGCUAUGCCGAAUUCAAUUGUUUUUGAGGAAUAGCUAGAUGACACGCCUCAAUAUAUACC